AUGUUUAAAAGUAACAAGAUAUUAUCUGUUGGAAGUAACGAAUAUGGAGUUAUGGAAUUAGUAAUUCCAAAGCAAUUAUUUGCUAGUCGUUUAAAAGUCGAUGAUAAAACAAGAAAUAUUUAUGAUGAUUUUAAUGUUGAGGAAUAUGUACUUGAAGUUAGUGGAAAGGGGAACAUUGAGAUGAAUGAAAAAGAAAAUAAAAAGGAUAGUUGUAGUUAUAGUGAGAAUUUAAAAAAUGAGUUAAAUAAUAAUAGAGUAGAAGAUGGAAAGGAUAAAAAUAUAGAUGAAAAUGUAUUUAAUAAUAAAGAUGAUAAAGAUUUAUAUAAAGAAGAACUUUAUUUUUUACGAAUGAACCCAUUACAUUUAAAUAGAUGGUAUAAAUUUUUAGAAAUGUAUGAAGAUGAAGAAGAGAUAUAUGAACAGUUUUUAUUAAUAUUUCCUCGUUGUGUCUAUUAUUGGAAUAAAUAUGCAGAAUUAAAAAUAAAAAAGAAAGAAUAUAAAGAAGCUUAUGAAAUAUUUAGAAAAUGUAUAGAUUCAAAUAUUUAUGAUUUAAAAUUAUUUUUAUCUUUUUUAUAUUUUACAUAUCAUACAUCUUCAAUUCAUGAAUAUAUAAAUUUCCUAUUUGAAGCUUUAAAAUGUGUAGGUAGCGAUAUAAAAUCUGGUACUAUAUGGGUAGAACUAUUAUAUAUAUUAAUAAAAAUAUAUAAUACAAAUUUAAUAGCUAAUAAUGAAAUUACAAAAUUGUUAUAUGACCCAUUUAAACAUACUCAUCAUGGUAAUAGAAAUAUGAAUCCUUUAAUACCAACGGAAGCAGAACAAAAUGUUUAUAAAUCUAAUAUACCUACUAUGAAUAAUUUAAAAAUAAGUUAUUUUGAUCAUUAUAUUAAAGAUGGGAAGUUAAGAAAAUUUUAUCAAAAAUGGUUACAUCAUGCAACCAAAUAUUUAGAUAAAGUAUGGAAAUGUUAUUGUUCAUUUGAAAAAGCUAAUGAUAAUUUUAAUUCUGCUUUGAGUGCCAGUGCGAAUGGGAAUACAAAUGCGAGUUCUUUAUCUAUAUAUAAUAAUCAAUAUUUAAAUUCAAAAAAUGCUUUUAAAGAAUUAUGUAUUAUAUAUAAAGAAAUGAAUGUCGAUAAAAAAUGUAAAAUUAUUCUUCCCAUAAAUAAAAAAUGGAAAAUAGAAAAUAGCAUUCUCUAUAUUAAGUGGAUGAAAAUUAUUAAUUUUGAAAAAACCAAUCCAUUAAAAUUAACGAUUCCUUUAGUUUUUAAAAGAAUUAAAUAUACAUACGAACAAGCACUUAUACAUUUACAAUUCAAUUCCGAUUUAUGGUUCUCUUAUUUUCAGUAUCUAUUAUUGAAUAAAAAAUUUGUCUAUGCCAUACGUAUUAUGAGAGAAGCCAUAGAAGUAUAUUUACCUUUUGAUGAAAUAUUAAAAUUAAAUUUUGCUUAUUUUUUUGAAAAACAUGCCUUAAUAAAUCAAGCUCAUUAUGUAUACCAAUUAAUGAUAAAUGAAGUUUCCAAGAAGCAGAAAAAAAAAUUCGCCUUGUCCUUUUUGUAUCAGAAGGACAAGUUUAGGAAAUUCCCUUACACCAUCUUGCAAAAUACCGCAAAGGCUAAAGGGAAAAAUAAGGAUAAGGAACAGAAAAUUGAUGUUCAAAGGGACAUGUCUAACAAAGUAGAAGAUGAAAUCGAUAACAAUUUGUUAGGAAAAAAAUGUGUGAAUUUCUCUGAUGUAUCACCAAGCGGCUUCCCACAAGAUGAUGAUAAAUGUGCACAGAGGGAUUCAAGAAGAGAAGGUCAAAGUAAAAAGAGAAGAGGUGUUAAAAAAGAACAAGGAGAAGAAGAAAAGGGUAAAGCGAUGAAUGUUGUAGAAUAUAAAAAUAGAAAUAAAAGGAUAAAAAUGAAUGACAUGAAAUGUGGUAAUUAUAACGAUUGUGAGGUUAAUGAUGAAGAUGGUAAUAAAUUAGGAGACAAUGUUGAAGAUAGUAAUAAAUUAGGAGACAAUGUUGAAGAUGGUAAUAAAUUAGGAGAUAAUGGUAUAACCUCAAAAAUUGGGACCCACUUAAGUGAUGAUGAAAUAAGAAGAAGAUUUCAUAAAAGCGAUUAUGAAAAAAUUGAAGAAAGAAAAAAAUAUUUUGUAAAAUAUUUUCAUAUCAAGAAAAGGAAAAGACGUAUUUUCGUUUUUACGCACUUUUUAAAUUUUAUUAAGCGUAAUUAUGAUGAAACCAUUUGGAGAUAUUAUGUAGGUUUAAUAUUAAAAGAAGAAAGAUGUUGUGAAGAAAUAUAUUAUUAUUGUGCUAAUAUUGAAAGGAGGAUAUUAAAUAAUGAAAAGAGAGCAAUGUAUAUUAUGAAUGAAGGAUAUAAAAAAUUUACAAGUAAGAAAAAGUUUUUAUUAUUUUAUAUAAAUUUUUUAUUAGAAAAAGGAUAUAUUAAUAAUAUUCGAACAUUAAUAUUUGAGUAUAUACAUGAAAUAUAUAAAAAAUUUUAUAAUAGUUAUAAUGAAAAUAAUAAUAUCAUUGAUAAGAAAAUAUAUAAAACAAAAAUAUCACAAAAUGAAUUUAAUUUGUUUGAACCAAAUUAUUUAAUAUUAUUAAAAAAAAAAAAUAAAUCAUGUGAAAAAAUAUGGAAUAUAUUAAUACAUAUAGAAAUAUUUUAUGGUGAUAUACGUAAUUUAAAUAAAAUUUAUGAUAUGAAAAUUAAAUAUGAUUCUGGUUAUAAUUUAGAAGAAAAUAAACAUAUCUUAUUAGACUAUGAUACAUUAAAUGUAUAUAAUGAAAACGAAAAAAAAAAACAAAAUGUCUUUUUAGAUAAUUUCUAUACUGAUGAAUAUAAUCAAAAUAAUAUGACAAAUAUAUUAUGUAAAGGUUAUCUAGAAAAUUUAAAAAAAAAUGAUAUAGAAACUUUACAAUUUAAAACGAAAUUAAUUAAUUCACAAUUAUUUGGAGGAAUAUCUCUAAAAAAAACCUAUUCCAUUUUUAGAGUUAAUAAUCCUAAUGUUUUUUCAAAUUUAUCAUUUUAUGAUUAUAUUAUAAAAGAAAAAAAAAAAAAUAAAAUUAAUCAUAAUGAUGACAAUCAUAAAAUAUUGGAUAAUAAUAAUGUGUACAUAAAAAAUAAUCGGGAAUCGUUAAUAACCCUUAAGGAUGGCUGGAAUAAUAAUAAUAAUAAUGAUAAUAAUAAUAAUAAUAAUGAUAAUAAUUAUAAUGAUAAUAAUAAUAAUAAUAAUAUUAAUGAUAAUAAUAUGGAAGAACCAUAUUUAAAUAAAAAUCUUUUGAAUUAUAUAAAUAUGAAUAGAAAUUCUACAUAUAAUAGAUAUUCUAUCUUUUCCGAGUUUUUCUGUUUCGGUAUUAAAAAGGAUAGUUGUCUUACCAACAUUGAUAAUAAUCCUAAAAGAAAUAAUGAGAUGGAUGAAAAAAAUGAUGAUGUGAAUAACAUAGAAUCAAACUUAAAAAAUUGUGUAAAUUAUAUUAUUAGGCCAGAUUUAAAAACUAUGUUUGUAUAUAAACCAUUUGAAAAUUAUGAAUUUGUAGAAACAGAAAAAAAUGAUAUGGAUAAAAAAAAAAGAGAUAAAGAAACAAUAAAUAUGUCUUUUAAAGACAGUUUAUAUUAUAAACAUAAUCGUAAUAAUAAAAAUGUUUAUGAUGAAAAGUAUAAAAAAGAAUUUGUACGAAAAAGAGAAUAUAUUACUAUGCCCAAUAUUAUUAAUGAUUUCUUAUGUUUAUUACCUGAACAAAAUAAUAAUAUUAAAUUGUCAGAUAAUUCAAUAGAUUAUUUAGUUAAUUCUUUACAAAACUUAAAUAUACCAAAACUUGAAGACUUCCCAUAUGAGCCAAUACCCGUAAAGGACAUUUUACAAAUUAAAAAUGCUUUGAACGAAUAA